CAGACUGCAACUCAAAUCCAGGCACUAAACCUCUAUUAGACAGGAGAGAGGAGGGCUGAGAGACAAAGUAUUGACAGAAGAGUUUAGAUGAAGUGGGAGUCCAUAAAUGUGGAAUAGCUUUUGAAUUUGUCAGCCAUUCACUGCUAGAAGACGUAAAACAAGUGGGAGUAGAUUGAGAGAAGAAGACUGAACAGAUAGAGUGAGAGACAGAGAGAGACACAGUUGUAAGAAGAAUGGGCUCUCCUGUACUCUCUCGUGUGACUCUACUCACUGUACUGCUGUAUCUCUGUUGUGUAUGGACUCAAGAGUUGAGAGACCGAGAUGUACUGUGCAAUGAGAACAGCUGUUUGGUGCUCUACUGGAAGCGCAAGAUCUUCCUGGAAGCCUGGCGCAGCUGUAAGUACCAGGGUGGCAACCUGGUCACCAUCAAGAGUCCAGAGGAGGUGAACACGGUGGAGACUCUCUUCUCUAAUACGGAACAGAAGGAAGACCAACGUGUACGUGUAUGGAUUGGUUUGCAGAGGCAGCCCCGCAAGUGCUCCCCCACCCGACCCAUGAGGGGCUUCUCUUGGAUCACUGGAGAACCGGAUACCCAGUACACAAACUGGGAGCAAGAGGACUCCCCAAACACCUGUUCAAGUCCCCGCUGCGUGAGCAUAAGUUACACUACUGCUGCACAGGAACGCCACAAUAACUUGAAGUGGAAGGAUGGAUCUUGCUCAGUCCCUGUGGACGGCUAUUUGUGCAGGUAUGCUUUCCCUGGUAUGUGUCAAGUGAUUGCAAAUGAAGGUGGUGGGAAUACGUUAUAUACUACCCCAUUUCACCUGAUCUCUGCCUUCUUAACCCACAUUCCAUUUGGGUCAAUAGCAACUGUACCCUGCGAUACCAAGGAUGACCAGACGGUGCUGUGUGCUCAAAGAGAGGAUGGGACUGUGGGCUGGACUGCAGAUCCCCCUUUCUGUUCUGAUGUUUUUGAUCCCUGCCAAGAAUCCCCCUGUGAAUAUGAGUGUGUGGUAGUGAUGGACAGUUUUCGCUGUGCCUGCCCCGACGGCUUUAUGUUGGCAACAGAUGAACAGGGCUGUCUGGAUGUGGAUGAAUGCCUGCAAAGCCCAUGUGAACACACCUGUAUCAAUACUCUGGGAUCCUUUAAGUGCCUCUGCCAUGAUGGUUAUCAAUCAAAUGAGGAGGGCACUUGUGAGGAUGUAGACGAGUGUGCAGACUUUCCAUGUGAACAUGAAUGUGAGAAUGUAAUGGGUUCUCACAUUUGCCAUUGCCCCCUUGGCUUUGCUCCUCUGCCAGAGGAUCCAAAUAAUUGCUUUGAUGUUGAUGAAUGUCAAUUUGAAGGAACCUGUGAACAUAUGUGCAGCAAUUACAUUGGGGGCUUUGAGUGUUACUGUAAAGAGGGUUAUGAACUUCAUCCAAACCUCUAUUUUUGUACACCAAUUAGUGCGGACAAGCAGUCUCCUACAGUAACUGCUUCCUACCCCUGGAUCACACAUCUUCCUGGCCCUAUAUGGGAAUCACAAGUCCCAGGCUACCACUGGCCCCAGGUGUAUAAGACUGUUACUGAGUCUAUGGAUAUGAUCACAGAGUCUCCUAAUGUGGAAACAGUUCCCACCAACUUGCUGUGGCUCACUAAAGCUCCCCAGGAAGAGGAUGAAACCACCCCUCCAACUGAAAGCUCCCAUGGGAUAAUUAAUGUCGAAGUGGAUGACUUAGAUCCAAAAACUGUUUCAGUGGAAGCCUUUUUACCUUCCACUACCUCAACUCCUUUGCCUGAGUACUAUGAGGAGGAGAGUACUACAGUAUCUUCAGUUCCCCCUUCCACUACCCUACCAGUUGGUGCUUGGAGGUGGUUCAGUUCUACUCCAAAGGAGCAUGAAGAUAAUUUUUAUGAAACUGAAUCAGCCUUAUUUGAACCAGAAUUGCUGACCUCCACCCAGCCUCUCACAACUACUCAGGUGAUAGAAGAAGCUACUGAGGAAGUCAGCAACAGUGAGCAGACUCAGGGUAGCAGCUGGCUGCUGGUUGGAUUGUUGGUACCUCUCUGUAUCUUCUUUGUGGUGAUGAUAGUGCUGGGCAUUAUCUACUGUAAACGGUGCUCUGCUAAGCCACAGAACAAGAACGCCACUGACUGUUACCACUGGAUUGCUGGUGCUGGUGAAAAAGCAGCUGCAGAUAUGUCAGGUGGAGGCAUAUCUAAGGUGUAGCCAUACUGUGCCAGGGCAGGGGGAUGAACAUUUACAAAAAGUUUUGAAUGUUCACAGCAGAGGGUGGGCCAGGGACAUUAGAUGAAGAUCUGUCUUGCACCAUUCCAGGCAUCAAAGACAUUUAUUAUUUGAGGAUGUGUAUAUGGAACAUCUAUCAGUGGUUUGUGAGGGGAACUGGAAAACCACUAGCACUAUUUCUCUGCUGUACUAUGAGACAAUAGGACUUAUUCUUCUGUUGCUCACCCUGAUCAAGCCUGUGAAAUUGUUGCUUAAUCACUGCAACGUAGCAACUACAAAGGCAUAGUUAAAGGACACUUGGGAAAAGACACUUUAGCCUGUUUGAAUAUUUAUUUUUGGUUUUGAAAGAGCAUUCCAUGAGAACAGUGUUCUUUAAGUCAUGCAAGAGAGAGAGACCCUCAAAGAAAUAUAAUUUGUUGUUUAAGUAUAUCUUCUUUGGUUUUGUAAAUAUCAAGCCUUACUGCCUGUUUCCAUUCUCUGAGCCAGACUUCAUGGGUUCUGUUUUUGUUCUGUAUUAUUUGUUGGCAUCCUAGACUUACUGCCAAUAAACCUAGAGAGAAGGGGACCUUGUGCUGUACUGUAUGGUUUCAAAGGCAUUAGUCUUCACACUUUCCAUGAAAUGGACAAAGUUGGUGACUGUGACCUUGGACAUCACUAUGUUCCUCACUGUGACAUAGUCAUAUAUAACCAUCAGUUAUUAGAGUUUGGUAAGACUGUAUGACCACAAUUAUUUGUAUUUUGGUUUCAUUAACUUACACACAUACAUGCACAUCCAGAAAUUUAAUUAAUGACAACAUCGUUUUAAGUUCACAUAUUGUGUGUGUGCCUGAAUUUAACUCCGGUUGAGUAAUUCAUUUUUAAGUUUUUGUAAAGUUUGAUUUGAAUUGCUCAUUAAAAACUCUCAGCCAUGUUUUUA